UGACAAAGCAAGGAAAAACGCGAAAUUUCCAAAUUCCACCAGCAGCCGCGAAUUUCGGCAAAUAAUCCCGUCCAAAGUGGACGGUUCGACGUCGUGACUGCUUCGCACGCUAGCCGACGCGGGCAGUUUCGUGAAAACGGUGAAAUUCGGUGAAAAACGGCGUCGUUAGAGGGUGGGAAAUCGUUCGGAAAUUUUGUGCUCUCGGUGACUUUAAUUCGAGCGCAGAAAAGAAGUCCAGCAUCCAAGUUGGCUUUCUUAUUUGAGAUUUUUUGUUUGUGUGCGUGGUUUGUGUUUUGGGUUAGCUUGUUUGUGGUUGUUGUUCCAAUAAGAUUUGAAGACAAAAGUGUUGGAAAAAAACAACAUUCGAAAUUUUGCUAGGGAAAAACGGUGAAAUUUGUGCAACAAAGUUUGUGGGUUUUUGAGAAGAAAUUUUGAAAGAUUUGCGAUUUUUAGUUGAGAAACAGUUUAAAGGCGUUUUAAACGUGAAAAUUUAAAUGGUUAAGCAACAGACUUAAUGACAGCUUUCUAGUUUACGCUAGUGUGAGUGGUAAAUAAGCGAAAGGAAUGCAGACUUGAACGGUUCAAGACAACCGAGGAACCAGGGAGUUGAGGAAGGGGGCAUCGCGAAAUAGCUCUCUCGAACCGUGGUGAAAUGGUUACGAAUUUCCACUAAUUUCGGUCAAUUUCUGGUGAAAAUGCACGGCCAUCGGCGGCGCAAGAAGCGGCCCAACUAUGGCCUGCGGACGGUCGAGGUGAACCGGGGUCUGCACGGGUUUGGGUUUACAAUAAGUGGUCAGCAGCCGUGCAUACUGUCGUGCAUUGUGGGCAAUAGUCCGGCGGAUUUGGCCGGGUUGAGGGCGGGGGAUUUUUUGAUUUCGGUCAACGGGUUGAACGUGUCCAAGUUGCCGCACGAGGCGGUCGUGCAGUUGAUUGGGAACACGUACGGGGCGAUCAAGAUGGCCAUCGCGGAGAAUUACUACUCGGACAGUUCGGACGAGGACGUGCUGUUCCAGGGAAGUCAGCAGCACCAGCAUCGGGUGCGGCCAAAGUACUUGAACCACAAGACCAAGUUCCACCAGAGGAUGACGACGGCGAAGCAGCACACGAGCAUGAACGGGCCGGCGGAUUUAGUGGGAACCUGCGAGGCGGCCACGGCCAUCGUGGUCAACGACUCCCCGACGGCGUACAACGUAAUUCACAGUCCGAACGCCAGCAAUAGCUGCGACAUUUCGAACGUUAGCGCCAUGGUACGGUCGGUCCACCUGGAGGACGAAGAGGCUGGACCUUCGCAGCAGCCACCACCGGAUCGGGAGAUCGCUCUUGAGUACAAGGCCAUCGUCGGUUAUCUGGGCACGAUCGAGAUGCCCAAACAGAUCGCGACCAGCUCGAAGCUGCAAACGGUGCGGAGUUGCAUUCGCAAGAUGCGCCAGGAAAAGCGUAACCCCACGACGGUCUUGAUGACGAUUCUACCGUCCUGUUUGAACCUGAUUAACACGAGCAACGCCGUCAUCGCCAAGUACUCCUCCGUCCGGCUCAACUACGUCAGCAGCAGCAGCGAAAGCGACAAUCGCUACUUUGGCCUCGUCACGUCCGCGAUCUACGCCGACGGCCUCAUGUGCGAAAACUCCGACAUCCUGAACCAACGCAAGGACGUCGUCAUCUCCAACAGCUGCCACGUGUUCGUGAUCGACUCGCGAACCGUCGACCACGCGGCGCACCUCGAAAAGGCCGACCUCUUCCAGAUCCUCUGCACCAAGGACCCCAUCACGAACCUCUGCCUAGAGUUCCCCAGCAACUCCGAGUACGUCGUCAACCUGAUCCGUAGCAUGUACAACCUGAAAGCACCCCCGCUCAAGCCCGCAGAUUGCUCCUACGGCAAACCUCCAGUCGCGCGCAGUCUCAACCUGGACCGGCGUCCAAACCCUCGCGAAGACCCGCACGACCUGCUCGCCUCCAACUCACCCCAGCCGAGCAACCACAGCGAAAUCACCACCACCUCCAGCAACUCCGACUCCGGCAUCGGCUUCCACAACGACUGCCGCAACAUCUCCGACCGCAUCCUCGUCGUAGACUUCCCCGGCAUCGCCGCCAACCACCAAAUCAACAACGUCCGCGCCCAUUUCCGCAAGUCCGUCCCCUUCGGCCGUCCCGUCGGCAUCAUCAACGAACUCCCCCAACCCCUCGACCCCAUCCGGAACAUCCGCUCCACAACCUCAACCGCAGCCGCCCCCCAAAUCUUCCACGGCAAGUCCAAAUCCGCCGACUACAGCUACCCCUCCACGUCCGGCCUCGAUCGCCUCACCGUACGAGCCCGCCCCGACCCAAAAUCCUUCCCCCCCGAUCGCUCCCCCAGCAAAGACAACGCCCUCAACCACGAAGCCUUCUUCCCCCAACAAACCGUCGACGACCUGGGCAACGUCGUCCAGGAGCGCCCCAUCGACAUCCCGCCCCAACUCACCGACGAAGUCACCUUCCUCGACCUCCAACGCUACAACGCGGACAACGUCAAAAACUCCCUACUGGCGCGCUCCUGCGACGACAUGAUCAUGACGCUGGAAAAGGAGCAGCCACCGAAGCCGGACGACGCCACCGAUCACAUCUUUCUGCAGCCCGCGAAGCCGCUCAAACGCUCCAAAAAAGCCUGCUCGCAUCGACCCAAACCGGCCGCCGACGACGGUUCCAACAAACUGCUCUCGUACAAGCUUAGUCCGAAGGUGUACGGCCUGGCGCGGCCACUUUCCGCGAGCUUCGAGAACAUUUCGCACGCCGCGGACGAGAUUUGUGGGGAAAAGAUGCGAAAAGUGGAAUCGGCGGAAGUUCAGCAAGAUCAGCAGCAGCACCGGAGUAGGGCGGGAAGGUCCGCGAAGAGGCUAAGUGGUGGGUUUUCCGCGAUUUGGGGUAGUUUGCAGGAACUUAGAAGUGGUGGCGGUGGCAAACAGGGUGAGGGGAAGGAACUCGCGAUGGAGCAGAGUGUAGUGAUGAAGAAGCAGCAGCAGCAGCUGGAAAGGAGGCCUGUGUUACCGGGAGCGUACAGUGAGCCGGAUCUGCGGUGUGAUGAGGUGAGUGAGCAGAACUUGUUGGCAGAUGAUAACAAACAAAUCAACCCCAAUGCGUCGCCCUUCCGACGGUGGGGCCAGUCAUCGCUGCGGUCCCGUUCCGGCGAGCAGCGCACCCCUUCGUCCGCCCACCGGCGCCCCUCGUCGCUGGCCGCGUCCGAAAGCGACGUCUACACCAAGUCCAUCGACGACGACUACAGCUCGACCAAGAGCGGCUACAAUCCGUACGCGGACGUUGCUGGAUCGACGGUGGCGACUGCGGAGUCUGCUCAGACCCAGACGACGGUCAGCAGCGGUCCGGCGGGGGUCGCUUCCUGGGGCACUUCGUUCGAGAAGCUACUUGAGGAUCCUGCGGGACUGCACACGUUUUCGGAGUUUUUGAAGAAGGAGUUCUCCGCCGAGAACAUUUACUUUUGGACGGCCUGCGAGCGCUACCGGCAGCUGGUUGACCGCGAGGAACGCGCCAAGGAGGCGCAGGCCAUCUUUGCCAAGCACCUGGAGUCGGGCUGCAGCGAGCCCGUCAACGUGGACUCGAUCGCGCGGAACAUUGCCCAGGAGAACCUGCCCCAGGCGGAGCAAACGCUGUUCGGGGCGGCUUCGAAGCAGAUCUUUAACCUGAUGAAGUUCGACAGCUACCAGCGGUUCAUCAAGUCGGACAUGUACCGGGCGUGCCAGGAGGCGGAAGCGAAGGGACAUCCGCUGCCGUACCCGGGCGAUUUGCUGGAUCCGCUGCUGCGGACGAGCUUUGCCGUGCAGGGGGCGGCCACCAAGUUGAAGAAGUCGCUGAGCAAUGCCGAAGAUCGGCGGCGCAAGUCACUGCUGCCGUGGCACCGCAAGACGCGCUGCAAGUCCAAGGAUCGGGGCGAUGCCGAGCUGAAAAAGGAAGGGGGUGGUGGAGGUGGGAAGUCGACGCUGUCGACGGGAGGUAGUGGAGGAGGAGGUGGGAAUGGCACGGGUGGGAGUAGCAACACGCUGAAGGUGCUCUCGACCAACUCGACCAGUGAUAUUCAUAGCUCUAGAAGUUCCUUAGCAAGUUUCGACGCCGCCAUCGGCAAGUCGUACGAUCAGGAGGACCAGACUCGCAACACGUUGUGCCGCGUGAUCCUGUCGAACGGCGCAACGACGGUGGUCCAGACGCGAUCGAACGAAACGAUCAAGGAACUGGUCGAGCGGCUGCUCGAGAAACGUGGCAUCGUGUACACCGCGUACGAGGCGUUCCUGGCGGGAAAUCACAAACCGCUUGACCUGGACGGGCCUUCGUCUAGUCUGGCCGGCAGGGAGGUCAACAUCGAUCAGCGGGUCGUGUUCAAGCUGAGCUUGCCCAACAGGAAGAUGAUUUCGGUCAAGAGUAAGGCAACGAAGCCGCUGGGGGACGUGUUGAGGCCGAUCUUGCUCAAGUACAACUACGAGCUGGACCAGAUGAACGUGUACUCGAAGGAGGCUUACCUGGACAUGACCUACCCGGUGACGAGUGUUGACGGGUUGUGGCUGCAGGUUCGGAAUGGAAACGAGAAUGACUUUCACCAGGAUUUGACCAGGACGAUCGCUUCGCGGUCGGAACGGGCGUACGCGAACCAGGUGCCGCCCCUUCCUAUCAUCGCUACCUCGCAGCACGCGCAGAUCAUCAACCACUUUCAGCAGCAGCUGCAGCACUCGCAACACAACGGGUUUCUGAACAACAACAACGUGACAAAAAAGUCCCAACUGGCGUACGGCAGUCAGUCCCACCACAACCUGAAGGGCAAGGACGAGCAACCGGCGGACGCAGCAGCGGGUGGCAAACAGGAGCUGAACAUGCUGGACGAGAUCACCAACAAGGUGUUCAACGAGCUGAUGAACGGCAAGAUCGCCAACGGUCCGAAGGUCCCGCCCGAGGAUUGCACCUCGGACAGCUCGUCGACGCGCAGGGGGGAUCGCUUCCGGCGGCGGGGAUCGAACGCCCCGUCGGAAAGCGGACGCUGUGCCAAAAGCAAAAAGUGCUCGACGGCGGGCUCAGAGGACGGCGGUGAGAGCGUGGGAAACGCGGUCACCGGCGUGAAGAAGCCCAUCAUUGCCAAGCUGAAGGCCGGCGUGAAGCUGCAGAUUCCGACGCGGUCGCAGAAUGACGAACUCCUGGAGGGCCUAAAGCGCGCCCAGCGCUCCCGCCUCGAAGACCAGCGCGGCACCGAGAUCAACUUCGAGCUGCCCGACUUUCUGAAAGACAAGGAAAACUUCACCAGCACGACGACCACAACCGCAGCUACGAGUUCCGCGGCCACCGCGAUGGCCGCCCCCUCUUCCAAGUUCACCCGCAAGUUCGCCAAGCGACCCGAGUCGGCCGAGUUCCCGCUGGGGGCCAGCACCAACGGCGGCUCGCUGCAGCAAAUCCACAAACCCCAACCGGCGCCCAGGUUGUCGAUUUCACGGGGAGCUGCAACGGCGACCGCGGGGAACCCUUCGUCCCCACCGGUGCAGUCCGCGUCGAGCGAGAGUAAUCUGAACAACCUGUCGCUGCGCUGUAACGCGUCCCCGCUGACGCUGGACGACAACGGGAACGGGUCCCAGUCGGAGAAUAGCUACGCUGAAGCCACCAUGAUCUUUACGCACGCUUCCGCCAACCCGCACCACUCCCCCGGCUCUUCCCCGCCGUCAUCCCACCGCUACCACCACCUGGACGGAUCGUCGGCGGCGGUAGACCAUCACCACUACGAAGCCAUCGACGGCAGCUCGGCGGCAGACCUGGUGGACGGCGGUGUCAUCUAUCACCCUCCGUACCAUCGCCAUCCCCACCAGCACCACAACCACAAUCAGCAGCAGCAGCACCGGCUGUCGGCGAGCACCAGCAGUGGCAGCAGCACCGGAAGCAGCUCGAGUUCGUCCGGCAGCACCAGUAGCAGCAGCAGCGACGCCGACAACCAAAAGGGGCCGCCACCGUUGCCGCCCAAGCCGAAGAUCCUGCCGAUCAAGCCGUCCAACUGGGGCCACUCGAGCGGCAUGAGUGCCAGCAUGUGCAAUCUCCCGACAGCGGCCAGCGGCGGCGGCGGCGGAAGCAGCAGUAGUCAAAACGGUGUUUGUGGUAGCAACAUCAACAAUAGUGUUAGUAGCAACAUUUCCGGCAAGGAGAAACGCCUGUCCGGGGCAGAUCAGAAGCAGGUUCAACAGACGAGGAGUGUAUAUUUGGAUCACGCGAGCAGUAGUUUUGUGUAGUGAAGCAUGAGGUUGAGAGAUAGGACAAAUGCAUGAGCAGUAGAUUAACAGGCAGAUUUUACAGAUUUUUUAUUCGCAUGAAACGCUUUUGAAGCGAGUAUUUCCUUGCAUUAUUGUGUUACGUAAGCUUUCCUUUCAGUUUUUUUUCCUGCUUUUAUUUAUUUCCUUCUGUUGAAAUAUAAUGUAUUAUUUUCAGAAUUUUUGUGUAUUUCACAUGGAUAUGUAAAAAGAAAAGAUGAUAUAUAUUUGCAAUAUAGACUUUUAUUGAUAUUCAUUAA